UUUAGUUAUGGAACUAAUUAUAAAAGUAAACUUGCAUUACCUGCAAAUAGUAAAAGAAAACUUUAAUCAUAAUUUAGAAAGCAAACAUUUUAUUUUUUUAUUCAUGGUUGACUGCCUUUUUAUGCGGCUUGUUUUCUUUUUUUUCUGUCUUCACACCAGCGUAAGCUCCACAAAGCUAAAAGUCGGUUUGCACAUUUGCAGAAUAAUAUCAAACGUUCUGUUAAACUGUUUGUUUAACAGAACGUAAAUAUCCUUAUGUAUAAUAAAAAAUAAAUUAGUUGUAUUUUAUUGUUAUUAAAAAAUGGACUAAAUAUUUGAGGUGGAAUAGUUUAAAAGGAUGAUGUUAAAAAAUAGACAAUGUAUUUUAACAAUAUGUCUAGUUUUUAUAAUAAGUAAAUAUGAAGCACAGAAGCUUAAUCCGGACGAAAAAGCACCAAAUUUUACCCUACCUACUUUAAAAGGACCAUUAGUAUAUAAAGGGAUAGGGCAUCCAGAAACAAAUAUAAACCCACCAAUCAUAUUUCAUGAAUUUACGAACCACUCUGGCUUCUUAGAAUGUUUAUGGACUAAAGAUUCUUCAUUGUUAGAGCUUAUUGAUAAUUCUCCAGAGAACGCCCAUUAUGUGUUCUUAAGUUCAUCCAAUAAUGCUGCUGCAACAGCAGAAUGGAUGAGGAUGCGCUUUGAAGAAAUCCUUGAAAAGUAUUACACUCUUGCUAAGAAUUUAUCAACGAGUGUCAAUAAGUUUGCAAAUAACAUUGAUGUGCAAGCUCAGCGAAGAUCUUUCGAAAGUAUCAUUAGAAAAAAGACAUUUAAUACAAUGUAUCCAAUUCCACAUCGACGAAUAGAUAGAAGGUCUGUAGAAAAUAGUUUACCAAAAGAUGUUAAACCUAAAAUUUUAAAAAAAUCACAUAUUCAAACAAAAAAAUGGAAUUGGGAAAACUAUAAUAAAAAGCAUAAAAUUUCUAAAAGUAAAGAAAAAAAUAACUAUGAAGAUCAUUUACGGCUUGACUCACAAAGUUCUCAAAAACGUAGUAUAGUUGCACAUGUUACAAGAGAAAUGAACAAUGAUGUUGAUGAUUCAAUAGAAAGUGAUGAUAAUGCUUUACAAGAACGAAUUGAAAAAAUUCUUAAACGAGGCAGAUACAAAUACAUUAGCAAUUGGCUGGACCGUUUGCAUUUUGUAACCAUUCCAAUUUAUCAGGUAGGUAACUGGUUACCACUAGUAAUGUCACGCUGGUAUUGUUCUGGUCAUGGUUGUGGUUUAGAUCAAGUUUCUGUAGAAACCAAAGAAGAUGGAGAUGUUCAAUUUGUGAGCAAAAGAUUGGAUGGUCGUUAUGAUUGGUUACCAUCUCCAUAUACUUUAAAAACUAAGCACCCAAAAUCAAAAGUUGCAUAUUUUGGUAACGGGUGUUCAGCAAAUGUUGAAGAUUUUACAAAUAAAGUUGCGCUGGUAUCUCGAGGGGGUAAAUGCAGCUAUUUUAAAAAGAUGUUCAAUGCCCAACAAGCUGGUGCUAUUGGAGUUAUUGUAUACUCAACUGAGGAUGAGUCACUAGUUGAUAUGAUUUGUGAAGGAAGCGAAUGUGAAGAAGAGAUGCAUACACCUGGAACAAUGGUGCCAUUUGAAACAGGAGAAAAGCUUAUGAAGUUACUUGCAAAAUCAGAAGAUAUUUUUGUUAGAUUUCAACACACUCCAUCUAGAAACUUUUUUGUUGCAAUUGAUGAACAAGGAGAUUUGCAAGAAGUUGGUUGGCUGCUUUAUCCAUCUAUGAUUUUCUUAGCUUACCAAGCCAAAUGGCUAAAUUACAAAACAAAUCUACUUCAUAACAUUUCUUCAAUGAAUGCAGUGGUUUUGCCUGUUUUUAAUGCGACUAUCAUGCAAGGAAACAAAGGAGUUGUUAAAUCUAUAAAAGUGCCAUCCUUAGAUGAACUUCAAAAGUAUCAACAUGUCUACUUGGAUAUGGCACUUGGUUGUCCUGGAACAUCAGACUAUACCUGUCCACAUUGGGAUCAUACUGUUCAGUUGUUCAUUUGCUGUAAUAACACAAGCGAACUCUGUGGGAAAGAAAUCGGAAGGUGGAUUACCCCAUUUAGAAGGCGUAUCGGAAGAUGGUUGACAAAUAUUCGCCCGCUAAUACCACUUUUUAAUUCAGAGAAGUGCACCUUUACUAUGAAGACUGUCCCAUGGGCAAUGCCUUGGAAACCAUCUUUAACUAUCAGGCUGGCUGAUAAAAUUAAAGGUCCAACUGAAUCUCCAUUUAAAAUAACACCGUUGUUUCGAGGAGGUCGAUUUGAUAGCAGUUAUAGCAAAAGAGGAAAACGUGCAAUGAAUUUUACUAUAUCACCUCUAACUACUAAAGUCAAAAUAUAUGCGGUCAUUACUGGUCAUGGAAGCGAUAAUAAUAAUUGCGCUGAGUUUUGCGUUACCUCGCACCACUUUUUAGUGAAUAACAGACACAAAAAUACACGCAUUUUUGAUACUGCUGGUACUGCAACAGGCUGUGCUGAUAGAGUAUCUGAUGGUUCAGAGCCUAACGAGCAUGGUACUUGGUUAUACGGGCGGGAUGGUUGGUGUGAUGGGGAAAAUGUCAGCCCGUGGGUGGAAGAUAUAACAUCUCAAGUUCGAUUAGGUGAAACAAAUAACAUACGCUAUUUUGGACUGUUUAACGGAACGGAUCCAAACCCAAAAAUAAAUCCUGGGAAUAUUAUAAUGUACUCUUAUUUAGUCGAAUACAAAACUGUUGAUUGAACUUUCACUGUACAUGUAAUAUUAACGAAAAUGAAGUCUGGACUUAAAUUUGUAAUGAAAUUCUGGUAUAUAUUCCUGUAAUAUAAUGACUUUUUAUAUUAUAUAUUAUAUUAUUUGUAUUGUAAUUUAUUAAUAAAGUUGUAUAGCAAAUUAUUGUAUAGCAAAUUAUUUUAAAUUAUUUAAAUAAUUAUUGAAGUUAAUAUA